GGUUCGGAAUCGGUAUCCCGUACGAGUUUGGAAUUUUUGAAGGCUGUAAAAAUUGUGUUUCGCAAUUGUGCACAAGCCGAAAUCAACCCUGGCCCAGCCAGUAGGCCCGAUUCCACUGACUUUAAAGACCUCCGACUGGCAGCAGCACGUCUUGCUCAUUUAACUGUUCAUCUUUAUUUUUUAACAGUUCUUCCAACUGCUGGACACGAUUUUCAAUAUUAUUCAACGGAAUUAACACUUUCUGAAGAGGACGAUACUCCAGAUAUAAUGCUUGGAGAUUUAAUGCUUAGAGAUCUAGUGCUCGGAGAUUUAGGGCUUGGAGAUCCAAUGCUUGAAUAUAUAAUGCUUGGAGAUAUAAUGCUUGGAGAUAUAAUGCUUGGAGAUAUAAUGCUUGGAGAUAUAAUGCUUGGAGAUAUAAUGCUUGGAGAUAUAAUGCUUGGAGUUGAGGAUUUUGUUUUAAACGGGCACAGUAAAGGUUCUUCAGAAGAUGGCUCAGUAUAG